AUGCCAUUUAAAGCACUUUCACUGAAGUUUCAAACAAAUUUAUUAAUUGCAAGAUAAUACAUAUUAAAACUUUUCUAUCACAAUUAUUUUGGAAACAUUAGUAGAAAUUCUUAAGGUUGUAUAAAGAGUUCUUUUACUAAACUUAAAAUAACAAGUUACAUUAAUUAAUCUGUUUCUUACUCAAUUAACUUAAAAAAUUGA